AAUUUACAGCUGCGAAUUUUCCUGCUGAUUCCUUGCCCUCCUUUGUCUUCUCCUAGCUCGAACCUGCCAAGAGGAAACAAGGGAGGCCCCGCUAGUAAGGCACCUCUGGGCAAGCUGUAGCUGCUAAAAAAGUUGCCUUUUCCUCGUUUCACCCUGCUUUUAGAGAGAGGAAAGCUCAUUGCUUGGGUAUGUUCUUUUUGGUUUGUUGAGGAAUUCUGUUCAUAAGGGGUACAAUGACGAAGCCUUUGUUUCAUGUCAUCUGAGAUAUUGAGCGAGCUGAGUCUAAAGGGUAACAGAAGUAUGAUACUUAUUCAAUGUGGAAGUACAAUUUCUUGUCCGAUUCUCUCUUCAGUAGAAUUUAAGAGUAUGGACGGUUGUAGAAUGUUGCUUCAGACUAAGGCAGAUAUUGGAGCUCUGCUAUUUGGUUAUAGGAUCUCAAAACCUCUAACAUGUGUCUCACACAAGAAAAAUUAUAUCAGAAGUGCAUUAGCUUUUCCUUUGAUCCAAUCAUCUCUCAGCCAUAACGGAAGAGCACUAGGUAGACCCAGAGUGCUGGAAAAAAGAGGGAAAGGACGAGUUGGAAAGAAGGAGCACCACUUAUGGCAAAGAAGAGAUUCUGCUAAGUCUGGGCAAAAGGCGCUUAGUCUUAUCAGAAUUGUGUCUGAACUCCCUAAUGAAAAAGAGGCUGUUUAUGGGGCAUUGGACAAAUGGACAGCUUGGGAGACAGAGUUCCCAUUGAUUGCAGUUGCGAAGGCUUUAAAAAUCUUAAGGAAAAGGGGCCAGUGGGUUCGGCUAAUUCAAGUGGCAAAGUGGAUGUUAAGCAGAGGUCAAGGAACAACAAUGGGGACUUAUGACACUCUUCUUCUGGCAUUUGAUAGGGAUCGGAGGGUUGAGGAGGCAGAAUCAUUGUGGAACAUGAUUAUACAUGCCCAUACACGCUCUCUCUCAAAGAGACUUUUUUCAAGGAUGAUUGCAUUGUAUGACCAUCAUUAUAUGCCUGAUAAGAUAAUAGAGGUAUUUGCAGACAUGGAGGAGUUGCGUGUAAAACCCGAUGAAGACACAGUUCGCAGAGUGGCACGAGCAUUCAGAGAACUAGGUCAAGAAGAAAAGAUGAAAUUGGUUAUAAAAAGAUAUGGGCUUAAGUGGAAGUAUAUUCACUUUAAUGGUGAACGGGUUAGAGUGAGAACAACAACAUGGGAUGAAGAUGAUGAAUCAACCACCUGAAAUUGGAUUCUGUUU